AUUCUCUUAUAAUGUCUAAACAGUAUAAAACCGUUGGUGAAGAUGUUUGGAAAAAUCGUGUAGAAAAGAUCAUCUUAAUUGCUGCUGAAUAUAAUAAUCUUGAGGUGGAAAUUGCCGAAUUUGAAUUCGGUAAAGAUAACAAAGAGCCCAAAUUUCUAGAAAAUUUCUACCAUGAAAAAGUCCCUGCAUUCGAAAGUGCCGAUGGUGAUCUCCAUCUGAAUGAGUGUGGAGCUAUUGCGUAUUAUGAAAGUACUCAGCUCUUAGGAAAGGACAAAAAAGAAACUGCUAAAGUCCUUAAUUACAUUUUAUUUGCCGAAAAUGAAAUUAUUCCUCAUGCUAAUACUUGGAUCAAUCCAAUUUUGGGCAUAACACAAUAUAAUAAAGCGGCCCAUGUCCAAUCAACAGAAGGUCUAAAAAAGUCUUUGAGUGUUUUAGAAAAAAUCUUGUUGAAAAAGACCUACUUGGUUAAUGAACGUAUCACGUUGGCUGAUAUUUCAGUUGCUACGGCUCUUUAUUUACCUUUCAAAUUGGUAUUGGAUACUGAGUUCCGAAAAGAUUACAAGAACCUUACCCGAUGGUAUGUGACACUUGUCAAUCAACCAGCUUUUAAGAAAAUCUUGGGAGAAGUCACUCUUGUAGAUGUUGCUCAUGUAUAUACCCAAGUGCCCGAAGAAAAGGAGAGUAAAAAAAAAACAGAAACCCCUGAUGAUCCAGACGAAGAUGAAGUAAAGCCUGAGCCUAAACCUAAGAGCAAACUGGAUUCAUUGCCUCCCAGUAAAUUAAAUUUGGACGAAUGGAAACGUUUCUAUUCUAACAAUGAUACUCGUCCAGAUGCUAUUAAUUGGUUCUGGGAUCAUUAUGAUCCAGAAGGAUAUUCUAUUUGGCGUGUGGACUAUAAAUAUAAUGAAGAGUUGUCAAAAAUCUUUAUGAGUAGUAACCUUAUUGGUGGCUUUUUUAAUCGAUUAGAACGAGCACGCAAAUAUGCAUUUGGAAAUUUAUUAGUAUUGGGCGAAGGUGAAGUACUUCAAUUUAAGGUACCAGAGGAAGUAACUGACGCUGCCGAUUUCGAAAGUUAUACUUUCAAAAAGGUAGAUCAUACUGAUCCUAACAUUCGUUCCAACUUUGAGGAUUAUUUGGCUUGGGACGGUCAUCUUGAUGGCAAGAAAUUUGCGGAUG